UCUACUUUAACGUCAAAAGGGAUAAUAUCGCCACCUGCUGAACUGGAUGCUGAAGUGACAGAGCAGAACAUGUGAGCUGGUCACAGCUUUGUGCGGUAGCUAACUGCGGAGUAAUGGCGUCUUCAAUCAGUUAGAGGUAAACCACCGGCGGUGUUUUGUUGCUAAACUCUACCGUGUCCCACCUGUCCGGCCCGGAGAAGCUGGAAGAGAGGGGCGCUGCCGGGCUGUAACAUAGUACUGCUGCUGCUAGCUUAGCUAACAUAAGCUAACUCACUGCCAGCGGUAAACGCUCGGGUCAAAAAUGGCCUCGGUUUCGAUUCCUGCCUGCACCACUGCACUUUUGCUGGACAUCGAGGGAACCACUACUCCAAUCACGUUUGUUAAGGACAUACUGUUUCCUUAUAUCAGAGAGCACCUUGAGGAUCAUCUGUCCACCCACUGGGAGGAAGAUGAGUGCAAACAAGAUGUCCAUCUGCUCAAAAAGCAGAUCGAAGAGGACAUGAGGCAGAACCGGGCGUGUCCCGUCCACACCGUGGACCAGACGGUCCACACAGACGAGGAGAAGGCCAUCAGGGAGGUGAUGGAGAACGUGAUGUGGCAGAUGGCGGCGGACAGGAAGUCCACGGCGCUCAAGCAGCUGCAGGGCCACAUGUGGAGGGCAGCCUACACGUCCGGGAGAAUCAAAGGCGAGAUCUACCCCGACGUGGUGCCGUCCGUCAAGAUGUGGCGGGAGCGCGGCAUGAAGGUUUACAUCUACUCCUCUGGCAGCGUGGAGGCCCAGAAGCUCCUGUUCGGAUACUCGGUGGAAGGAGACGUUCUAGACCUCUUCGACGGCCACUUCGACACCACGAUAGGAGCCAAAGUGGACUCAAAGAGCUACGAGAGGAUCGCCGAGCGGAUCGGCUGUCAGCCGGAAGAAAUCACCUUCCUCACCGAUGUCAGCAGAGAGGCCAAAGCGGCGGAGGAAGCCGGGCUGAACGUCCUGCUGGUGGUCCGGCCCGGAAACAUGGAGCUGACGGACGAGGAGAGCGCUCAGUACAACCUCAUUACCUCCUUUAGUCAACUUCAGCUGACGGGGCGAGCUUAACGCUGACGCAGUCCGCUUCUCCUCUACCACCCCUGACUUUUUUUUAUUUUUUUUUAAUCUACUCUGGUGUUCUUGAUUUUGACUGUUGGCAGGAACUGGGACUUUUUAUUAUUUUUUUGUUCACUGUAUGGCUAAUUAUGUAGCCAUGAAUAGGUAUUCCUCUUCCUCAGACGUUUCCACAUUUUGUCAUUUGCCACAACUUGUAUAUAUAUAUAUAUAUAUAUAUAUAUAUAUAUAUAUACCAACAAAAAGUCGUGCAUAAUUGUGAUGAAAAUGAGGUGCAUGAUUAAAAACACUUUUAUUGACCAUAUUUAGCUCAGUCAGGUGAACAUGAUGCUGUUUUCUUGUAACGAUGAAAGCUCGCCAUGUACCCUGCAAGGUUUUGAAGCAAAGAUUCUCAGUUGAAUUUAGGUCUCUGCUUUGACUAGACCGUUCUAACACGAGAACAUUGCUCUGGAUCACUCCACCUCCGUCUCCAGUGUUUUACGGCUUUCCAGCAGGUUUUCUUUCCAUCAAAAGAAACCCCACAACAUUAUGCUGCCACCACCGUAGAGAUGUUUUCAGAAUGGUUUGCAUUGUUGCUCUUUAAAUUGCUUUUUGUUUUUUUUUUAAGUGAAGGCCAAACAGUCCUUUUUGUUCUCUAACGAACCUGUGACACUUUGACAGAACAUCUGGAUUUCUCAGUCUCUACAGGGAGAUGCUAUGAAUGCAAACUGUCGUCGUCGUUCUUGCAAUUUUCACCUAUCGUCGCAACUUUUCUGCAAAUCGGACAAAUCGCUUCAUUUUCAGUUUCAUCCUUUCCUGACCGACCACUGCAACUCUCCACCUUAAGCUAAACGAUGAGUUUAACCCAUGCGACUCUGUCAUGUUAAGCUUGUUGCUUGUCAGUCGAUCCUUUUUCCUUUCUCUACAGAAGUUGKGCUCGCUGUUGCUUUCCACAUAUUUAAAAUCCAUUUUUAUUGCCAGCCAGCCAUAGAUUAGAUGUUAGAGCAGAGGCAGCAGCAGGACGAUGACGUGGGGUUUUUUCUGAGAAAGGAAAGAUUACAACUUGAUGAGAAAAUCAGGGGAAAGGGAAGGUUAUGUGCAACAUAAACAUUUUUUACAAGACCAUGUAAAAAAUUGAAAAUAAAGCUUAAAAAAAAUCACAAAUUUAUGUCAGAGGUGCUGGAAAAUAAUUCCACUUUCCUAUUAUUUGCUCCUUUUUUUGUUGGUCUAUUCUAUAAAAUACAUAGAAGUUUGACAAAAUGUGGAAAAGCUGAAUACUCUUUGCUUGCCGUUUUGUACCCCUGAAAUCACGGCAGGAAUGCCUUCAUUUGUACAGAGUGAUGUAACGACCUGAAGCGGGAGGUCGGUGUCAUGGCAACCCGAACGGGACGGCGAGACUGUGGAUAGGUGCUGUACAAUCGCAGAAACUGUGAGGUUACUACUUGACGUUUGAACUUUUAGGUGAACCGUGUGUCUGACUGCCAUUUUCCAGCUGUUUGUGUACGAGCGUGACGUAACCGUUCCCAUUUUGUAAAACGUCGUCUGCCUGUGCGACUACGAGACGCGCUUCAGUCGGGACCUCUAGUCGUGUUUUAGAGCGUAGAAACGCUCCGCCGCGGCGCCGGCGGGGAGCGCUUGCUUCCUGCCGGAGUGUGUGAGUCUUAACUCAACCCCGCCGCAGGCGGACGGUGUCUGUCUUAACGUGUGCCAUCUGUGUCGUCUGUAACGGAGGAGUGAAACGAUGCCGGAGUGACGAUCAAAUGUGUAAACUGAGUCGGUACUAAUCCAGAAAUAAACACCUUCUCUCACGCAA